UGAGUGUGCUCCCUCGAAGUCUCUGCACGUCAUUUUGGACUGGCAUCAAAGUCGCUUCAGAUUUGCCUUUUCACGCUCAGGUUUUUUGUGCCGCAACCAAAUCUAUGAAAACCAAAGUUUGCAAAUUAAGUAUAAAAACUGCAGUCUCUGUUCAGUUGGAACCUACAUGUCUGCUGAUGGAAAACACUGUUUAAAGUGUCCUGCAGGUGGCUUUUAUCAGGAUGAGAUGGGGCAAGUUGAAUAUAAAAGAUGCAGUAAUGGUACGUACGUUUCUGAACAGCGAAGUCCUGGAACCAAAGCUACCGACUGCGUGGCAUGUCCAUAUGGUACGAUUUCUAACGAGACUGCUGAAUAUCGCGCAUGCAGAUGCCUGCACAACUCCUAUCGGUUGGAUCGUUUUGGCCCUUGCACAGCAUGUCCUUCAUACGGUUUUGUUUGUGAGAAAGAUACAGCAAUACUUGCUCCUGACUACUUUUGGAAAUGGACAGACCAGUCUGAAAAAGAACGUUUCAGGGGUUUUGUAAACAAUAUUCAUUCUUUUGGACCACGCUACAAUAAGUCAUAUUCCACGUUCGAUAUUUUACUUCCAAAGCCACUCAAAUGUCCUCAUACAAAGUCCUGCAAGGGUGGAAUUGACUCAGAAUGCCAUCAAGGAUAUCAAGGGACUUUGUGUGCAGCCUGCUCUAAAGGCUUCUAUUUUCGCUUCAACUCUUGUUUGAAAUGUCCCCGGUUAGCUGUAACAAUAACUUCAUCCAUCUUGGUAAUUGUUCUUUUUGUUGCUGCUUUUCUAAUGGUUCUUUGGGGUGACUCCAGGCGUGCAGACAAUAACCGGACAGUUGCAGACGUAGUCAUGUCGUGCUUUAAGAUUGUAAUUGGCUUUUACCAAGUCCUUGCUGGUAUUUUCUCGGCAUUGGCGAAAGUCCAGUGGCCAGUCGUUUUGAUCUCAACGGAGAGGGUUCUAAAACUGUUUGAAGGGAACAUCUUGCAGUUUGCCCCUCUUAGUUGCAUCCAGACUUCUUUACGGCUCGAUCAGUUUGGAAAGUUCGCGAUGAUUAUCGUCAUGAAUGUCUCACUCGUUGGCUUGAUUUUCUUGUAUCUGUUUCUUAAAAAGCGCUACAUCACGAAUAAGAAGGACCUUGACGAAGACCAGAAAGUAAUGGAAGUUAAGAGUUUGAAGAAAUCUUGCUAUCGGAACAUUUUCCUAUUCUUGUUGUCGACCUACCCCACGACGAGCAAAUCCAUCAUUCAGAUUCUUCCUGUUCCGGGCGCCUGUGUAGAGACUUGUUUCACAGACCACAAGAACGACUGCAUCUUCCUGCUGAGAGCUGACUACUCCAUUCAGUGUUUCACUCCUCGCCACAGGUUGUAUUGGCUCAUAGCCUCUAUUUUAGCAUUAUAUCCCGUGGGAUUUCCACUUCUGGUUUUGUUUCUCACUUACAAAUAUCGCAACUCCCAGGAAAACAAAGCAGUUUCUUUCGGACUCAGGGUGUUCUUUGAAAACUAUAAGAAGAAAUUUUGGUUUUGGGAAAUCACAGAGAUGUAUCGCAAGCUGAUUCUAAUCUCGCUGAUUUUUCUUUUCGGAUCAAAAAGCCUUUCUCAAAUCGGUCUUACAGUUCUGACAGUUAGUAUCUUUGGAGUUAUUUACACCUUACUCCGACCAAUCAAGGACAAGUUUGAAGAUCGCUUACAAACAUUUGUCCUGUGGAUUAUAUUCUUUGACGUUUGUCUUGGCGCAGUUUACACAGACUGGGAUGAGAGUCAAGGAGAGGGCAAGAACGACUCCAUCUUUGUAAAUGUCCUGUUCGUGGUUCUUAACGCCUCUGUAUUGUUGCUUGCCAUUGGAAACGGAAUUCUACAUUUGAAGUCAAUUUGGAAAUUCGUUACCUUCAACCCGAUCCGAUGUUUCUGCUUCCUUCGCCAAGGAGUAUCACAUCUAAGAAAUAGAGUGGUCAAAAGAACAGGAACAUCCAAUGAACUUUCCUCUUUAUUGAAGGAAGAAACUGAAGAACUUCACUGAAAUAUUUGUCUAAAAACUCUUUUGUUGUGCCUCAUGAAAUAUCUCGCUUUAGAUGGCUUAAACACGCAGAGCUUUCGUUGAAAUUUAUCUGGCUGUUGUUAGACUUCUGGAUGACAUUUCAUUGCAACUAAAGGCACUAGCGACUCCCGCAAAGGCUGAGUUCUUCGAAACGCAAAGCGUAAUUUUUUUAAGUCUUUCAUUUAAAUUGAGAUUUUUAGAUAACAAAAUAGUUUAUUUUUAGUAAAAAAAAAAAGGAUAAUACUAAUUUUUUUGGUGAGUUAAAAAGUAGGAUCCCUCGCACCUUCAAGCACAUAUGACUUUGACGCACGAUAUAUAGAUAUAUAUUUAAGCAA